AUGGUUGAUCAGGGGAGCGCAGCGGAUGUAAUGUAUCCGGAUCUGUACAAGGGGCUAGGUUUGACACAGGAGGAUUUGACAACCUAUACUUCCCCUCUAGUCAGUUUUGAGGGAAGAUUGGUCACUCCUAUGGGACUAAUCAGGUUGCCCGUGCAGUCAGGCACGGAGGUGGUGGAGGUGGAUUUUAUUGUUGUGGAUGUUUAUUCUCCGUAUACGGCCAUCCUGGGGAGACCGUGGCUUCAUACACUUAAAGCGGUUUCAUCUACCCUACAUCAGAAGGUGAAGUACCCAUCCGAAGACCAAGUACUGGAGAUAGUGGGGGACCAAACGGUCGCUCGACGAUGCCAAGUAGCGGCCAUUCGGCAUCGGCCAGAGGCAGAAACCUCGGCUACAGCUGAUAAUGAUUCAUAG